GCAGGAGGGGCGUCUUGCUGCGCAUGCGCAGGUAGAGCUGGCGUGACUGGUUGGCUUUGGCGCAGUGACUUGGGCGCAGAGUGGAGUGGUCGCCGGAGAUGCGUGACUGUCUGUUCUGAGGAGCGGCUGACAGCGCGAUGGAGCGGGCCAGGGACCGCUUACACCUGAGACGGACUACGGAACAGCACGUCCCAGAGGUGGAAGUCCAAGUCAAACGUAGAAGGACAGCCUCACUGAGCAACCAAGAGUGUCAGCUGUACCCAAGGCGAUCUCAGCAGCAGCAAGUCCCUGUGGUGGAUUUCCAGGCAGAACUGAGACAGGCAUUCUUGGCUGAGACACCAAGAGGUGGUUAAAGCAGUAUUGGAACAUCCAGGUAGCUAAUAUCCAAGUGAAAAACCAGGCUCCAUCUACUGUUUGAAGCUUCUGCCCCAAGCUUGCAUUGUUUGUAGGAGAACCUGCAUCAUACCUUUAUCUGUAGCCUUCCCUUAGGUCUUAAGGAUCCUGAAACCUAACUGGACAUUGGAUUUGGUGGAACAG